AUGGCAUCCCCGCACGACCUCAUCCUCCCGCACACACACAUCCUCCUCCGCCUGCCCUCCGGCGCCCCGCGCAUCCUCGUCAUCACCCCCGACACCACAAUCUCGUUGGGCAAGUUCGGGUCCUUCCCUGCCAACGCGCUGCUCUACCGGCCGUACAACCUCACGUUCGACAUUCUCGAUGCGCCGCAGUCGGGCCUGCGGGUCGUGAGCGCCGCCGAGAUCACCCGCGAUGUGCUGGGCGGGGCCGGCGAGGAGGAGACCGAGGCCGAGGCGGGCGAGCACUACCGCGAGGAGAAGGAGGAGGCCAUGAGGAAUAAUAGGGAGACGGUGGAUGAUCCUGCCGCGCAGAAGAUGAGCUGGGAGGAGAUUGAGGAGGCGAAGAAGGUGGGGUCGGGGUCGGGGAGGGACCUCGUCCAAAAACUCCUCUCUUCGCACACCGCCCUGCACCAAAAGACGCCCUUCUCACUCCAAAAGUACACCCUGCGCAAGACCAAAAAGUUCCUGCGCCGCUUCACCGUCCUCCCGCUGACCGUCAGCGCGCUCAACAACUACCUCCUCGAGGUGAAGGAGCCCCAGAAGAUCCUCGACCUGCGCGAUGAGACCCUUGGCCUCAUGCUCUCGCUCGGAAACGUCCACUAUGGCGGCCGCUGGCUGGUGAUCGACGAGACCGGAGGUCUCCUAGUUGCCGCUGUGGCAGAGAGACUUGGGCUGCUAUACCACACGCCCGACCCCACCACUACCACCACUACCACCGCCGCCGCCGCCGACAACGGCGCCGACCCCACCGACGACCCCGACGGCGCCGCCGACACCACCACCACCGAAGGCGACACCACCCCCGCCACACGCCCCCCACCGUGCCACCCCCCCGCACCCGCGCCCCUCAAGACCUCAAACACAAUCACGCUGAUCCACCCAAACGAGCAGCCCAACCUCUCCCUCCUAAAAUACUUCUCCUACGACACCAACAACCCCACGCCCACGCACCCGCUGCACACCCACCUGCACACCCUCAACUGGCUGCAGGUCGUCUCCCCGCACACCGACAUGACGCUGCAGCAGCCCCCGGAGCCGCCGGGCCUCGCAGACAUCCGGGGCGGCAAGCGCGGCGCCUACUACCGCAAGCUGCGCCGCUGGCAGCACGUCAAGGCCAUCGCGGACGCCACCGCCGCGGGCGGCUUCGACGGCCUGCUGGUCGCGGGAUAUAUGGAGCUGUCUGGGGUGCUGCGGUGGGCGGUGCCGCUGCUGCGCGGGAGUGCGCAGGUCGUGGUGUAUGCGAGCUCGAGGGAGCCCGUGGUGGAGUGCGCGGAUCUGUAUAGUAGUGCGAGGAAGGCGGAGUGGAUUGCGGGGGGUGGGGGCGAGGGGCUGGAUCCGACGUUGUUGCUGGCGCCGACGGUGAUGGAGGUGAGGGCGAGACGGUAUCAGGUUUUGCCUGGGAGGACGCAUCCGGUGAUGACGAGUGGAGGCGAGGGGCGUGUGGAGGGGGGGAAGAAGAGGAGGGAGGAGGCGGAGGAGGGGGAGGCGGAGGAGGCGGGGAGUCCGCAGAAGAGGAUGAAGGGGGAGAGGGGCGGGUAG